UUCGAAUAACAUCGUCUAGUGCAUACUGUGGUUGUUGGGCGUAGCACAGGGAUGGAGAACAGAGAAUCUAUCGAGGACGAUCUCGAUAGUGCGACGGAAGCGUUCGACCAAAGUACGUUGAGCAUAAAACACCAGAACAAGGGCAUUGUGCAAGAUAUAUGGCAACGUCCCACAAGAAGACCCCUUCCACCGGCGGGUGAUGUGGUGCUUUGUUUCGAGAUACCACUUGCCCGCAUCCUGCCCACGGUUGGACCUGGUGAUGGUUCGUCCAGUGCCGGCAAGAAGUACGUGAUAUACGAGGUAACAGUUCGUAAGGAUGGUCCCGGUCCGGACCCGUAUCCGACCAGUGUCGAACGACGAUACACCCAUUUUCUAAAACUGUACGAAGGUUUGCGAAAAGAUCAUCCAACCUUGUUGCAAACGGUCACCUUUCCAAAGAAGGUGCUGAUGGGCAACUUUACCGCCGAACUGAUUGGUGAACGUAGUGCCGCGUUCGAGUGCUUUCUCGAUCAUAUCGUAUCCGUGCCUUUGCUGCGUGAUUCGGUUCAUUUUCUGGAGUUUCUGCAAGGGGAUGAACUUCGUAGUGCGUGUCAAUUACUGGACGAACGGCGCAAUGAGCUGGCCGUACCGCUGUUGGAGAAUUGUUUCCGUUUGCUGAACAAGAUCUUUCUGGACAAGUCAAAGUGUGUGCUGUUGCUGUUGUGCCGCUUGGUGACGGCCUGUACCACUUCCCCGAUACCUCAUCCGUCCGCGGAACAGUGGGCCGAGCUGGCUUUACGCCGCUACGAGCAUGUGUGCGAUACGGAGCUGCUGGUGCUUUACAUUCCACUGUUGCAAACGUGUUUGCAUCUUUGGUGGCAACGAGGGCGGGAUCGCAGUCUGCUCGAGACACGCUUAAACGAAAUGGGCAAGCAGGGUAUUACGGUGAAGGGUGGACCGACCCUUGCCCAGGCCAUACAUGCGUUGGAUCCGCGGGCUGAAACAAUUUGA